AAAAUAUAAACACAUCGAAAAAUAUCGAACUGGGAGAAAAAAAAGCCUCGACCUUUAUUCUUCUCUCCCUCCACCCUUCUCAGCUUCUGCUGGAUCUCUCCAGCAGACGGAGCGAUCUUCUUCGGAGAGAUUAAUCAGGGGACCGACCGACCGAUCGAUCAAGGCUUCUCGGGCAAAACAGUGCAGAAAUGGACCACGACAAGACAGGAUGCCAAAGCCCACCCGAAGGUCCCAAGCUAUGCAUCAACAACUGCGGUUUCUUCGGAAGUGCUGCCACAAUGAACAUGUGUUCCAAGUGUCACAAGACUAUGUUGUUUCAACAGGAACAGGGGGCUAAGUUUGCAUCUGCAGUGUCUGGAUCACCCAGCAACAUCAUCAAGGAAACCUUCACUGCUGCGUUGCUUGAUGCUGAAACCAAAUCCAUUGAGCCCAUGGCUGUCUCUGUACAAGCUGUUGCAGAGGUAGUAGCACCAGAAGAAGCUGCAGCAAAACCAAAGGAAGGGCCAAGCCGAUGUACUACUUGCAAUAAACGGGUUGGUUUGACUGGAUUCAAAUGUCGCUGUGGUGACCUCUUCUGCGGGAUGCACCGCUAUGCAGACGUACACAACUGCUCUUUCGAUUACCAUGCUGCUGGGCAAGAAGCUAUAGCUAAAGCAAACCCGGUUGUGAAGGCAGAUAAGCUUGACAAGAUCUGAAACUCAAAACUCUGUUUCCUUCUUCCUGUUUGUGUCUGGUUCAAGCAUGUGUUGAUCUUUAGCUUCUUCCAUUCUCUCUGUGUGCUCUUAAAUAUAUAAUAUAUAUGCUUUGAAGUGUUUCCUUUUCUUAUUAUUUAUGAGCACUAUGGUUUGGUUGUGUUUACUCCUCUUUGGGUCUGUAUCAUAUUAAGAUUGUAACUUUAGCUAUAUGAAGAUUUUUCUUAAAAGCUUUA